AUGGCGAGGCCAAAUCAGGAAGCAAUCGACACCUUUAUCAGCAUCACCGGCGCUUCCGAAGCCGUCGCCGUGCAAAAGCUUGAGGAGCAUGGUGGCGAUCUCAAUGAAGCUGUGAAUGCACAUUUUACUGAAGGAGAUAGAAACACAUCAGUGAACGUGCAUGAAACACCUGUUGCAGCCCAAGAUGAUUUGAUGGAUAUUGAUGAUCCAGUUCCAGUUGGACCUCGGAGAGAUCCUCUAUCACUUCUAUCUGCAACCCGUGAUAUAAAUCCAUUUUCUCUUCUUAAUCCAAGCUUUGGUAGCAGCAUAUUUGAAAGUGGGUCAGAUUUUAGAGAACGUGCACCAUUUGUUACUCAUCCAAGAGAGGUCAGGGAGAUCCCCAUAGAAGUCAAGGAUGAUGACAAUCCAUCCGGCCAUUCUGGCCAUGCUCCUACUAUUGACGAUGUCACUGGAACAGCGCAUGCAUAUGGCCCAGGUAUCCCUGGGACUGUUAUAAUUGAUGAUGAAGAUGAUGAUGUUCCAGCUGCCCCAACUGUUCAGGCUGGACAAGGCAGUGGGCCACGAGAUAUUUCUUCAGGUGAUGGAUCUCAUCACCGAAAUUUUGGACCUAGUGCUCCUCGAUUUGAUGAUCCACAGGAUUAUAGCAAUGAUAUCGAAGAAGAAAUGAUUCGAGCUGCCAUCGAGGCUUCAAAACGUGAAGUUGAAGAAAGCCAACAAAAUCAACUAUUUGCUGCACCAACUCAGUUUGAUGAUAACGAGCCUCAGCAAAGGCCACCUCACCUAGAGGAUCCUGAACUUGCACAUGCAGUUUCAUUGUCAUUGAAGACAGCAGAGCAAGAGAAAGCAUUGCGUGGCCAGGGGGAAAAUGUUGGCCCAUCAGAGAUGGGGGCUUCUAAGGCAGCUGAGGUGGAGCUGGGAAAAUUAACGGCACCAAACGGAAGGUUGGAAGGAGGAAGCUCAUCCAUCCAAGAUGAAACUGAAGACGUGGAGGAGCAGCCUCUUGUCAGACAUAGGUCCAGGCGAAUGUCCUCUGGCUCUGUGGAGUCUGCCAAAGACGUUGGAGCUACAGAGGAUAGCGCACCUUCAAGUCCUGGAGAGCAGGAUAUGGGUAAUCAUCCUAGGCACAGUGGAAGUGUCUUCCCUACUGAUGAGUGGGGAGGCAUUUCUUCAGAGGAGCACGAUGAAGCAGUGAUGCUUGAGGCUGCAAUGUUUGGUGGAAUUCCUGAAGGUUCUGGAUAUCGCCUUCCCUAUGCACCUCAUCAGUUUAUGCGAACUGAGAGUUCGUAUCCCCGGCCAGCACCUCGUCCUCCUUCACCCUCUCUGACAGCACAGCGGUUGAUACGGGAACAACAGGAUGAUGAAUAUCUUGCAUCACUUCAAGCUGAUAGAGAAAAGGAACUGAAGGCUAUUGAGGAAGCUGAAGCUCGUCGUCAAGAAGACAGACUAAAAGAGGAAGAAUCUCAGAGGAAAUUUGAGGAGGAGCAGGAACUGGAGAGGCAAUUAGCAGCAAAAGAAGCUACUCUCCCUCAAGAACCAGCAUCAAAUGAUGAGAAUGCUGUAACCCUUAUGGUGCGAAUGCCAGAUGGCAGCCGCCAUGGCCGCCGAUUUCUUAAGACAGACAAGCUGCAGUCUCUUUUCAACUUCAUUGAUAUUGGCAGGAGAGUCAAACCCGGCUCUUACAGAGUGGUGAGGCCGUUCCCUAGGCGUGCUUUCAGCGAUGGAGAGAGUGCUUUGACAUUGAAUGAAGUUGGCCUUACCAGCAAACAAGAAGCUUUGUUUUUGGAGUUGAUAUAG